AUGAAACGACUGCAAGAGAUCUUUGACAUUCAUGCCUCGUACAUCCGGCCUUUACCUGAUCCUAUCAGCACGAAGCUGACUCGAGACAUUUAUCGCCUAGAGCUCGGUAACCUCGGCGCGUACACGAGUUAUUUGGGCAUGUUCAAAGAAGAAAUCGAAAAACACGGUAUGUUCAAGGAUGACAUGCUGCUUCAUGUUUCUGGCGGUGCAUAUCAUCCUUUAAUCCACAUUGCAUACGCGCUAGAGUUCACUUUACCAGAUAUUGCUGCCGAGCGAUUGGCCAUGGCUGCUUGCACCUCUGGACUUAUGUAUGCUCCGCUGCUGAAGCCCCUUUUAAUUGAUGGGCAUGAUGCCAAAUUUGGCAUGGCAGCGGGUGAUCAGAAGAAAAGAUGUAUCGAAGAGAUUAUCAACGCUAUUCGCACAGACACCGAGUUCGACGACAUGAUCAAGUUUAUCAAGUUUACCGACGAUUUUAUGACAGUACUUGAAAAUCUCCGCGCUGCAGCUAAGUUGCGCGAAUACGCAAGCCAGUGGGAUUAUACGGGGACCAAAUUAGACUUCUACUUGGUGCAUAUCCUAACUUCUGUCCAUGCAGUUUACACCAUUGUAUCAUUCUUGGAGCCGGGUCAAGCAGAACUCCUUUUGCGUGGCCAUAUUUCCGAAGCAUUGUUGCAUUAUGUUUCACGGGGAUGCCCUAGCUUGCAGUUGGAUUCUCUAGCAGAAUACAAGUCACCACAGCAAGCAGUCGUCGAUGGCAGUGCGAACCCAUGGUUGGAUGUGAUCAAGCUUGCUCUUGCGGCUAAUGAAGUUCAUUGCGUUAAGGCUGUGCGUGCAAUCGCUUUUGCACAAAUUGUGUACGGUAGUCCGAGGGAUGACAUCUUACUUAAGGCGGCACAAGUGACAGUGGACAUAACUGGCAAAGGACCAUUCAUGGGGAGCAAUUGGAAUCAAACGGGUAUUGGAUUUGAGCAAACUUGGAAGGAGGAAUGA